UAUUCAUGUCCGCGCGCUUCCUCCCAGUCCCAGCCACGACCACUUCUCUAGCUCAUGCCCGUCUAGCUUCCCGGCCUUCUUCUCCGGCCGCCGCCUGACUGACAGGUUCGCUUCAUUCUUGAGCCAUACCGUGAAUUCGAGGAAGACAUGGAGGAGCAGUGGAUGAUCGGGCAGACUUGCCUCAGCCUCGCCCUCGGUGUCGGCCAGCCGACGGCGCCGCGAGGUGCUCCCCCGGUGACCAAGGUGCUCGUGGAGGAGGACUUCAUGUCCUCCAAGAAAAAUCACGAGGUUGAGGCGCUGGAGGCGGAGCUCCGGCGAGUGGGCGAGGAGAACAGGAGGCUGGUCGACAUGCUCCGCGCGCUGGUGGCCAAGUACUCCGACCUGCAGGGAAAGGUCAGCGGCAUGAUGGCGGCGGCCAACAACCACCACCAGUCGUUGACUACGUCUGAGGGCAGUUCCGCGGCCUCGCCGGCCAGGAAGCGCGCCCGCAGCGACAGCCUGAACACCGCCGACCGCAAUCCUUCGCCACCGCUCGCCGCAGCCGGCAGCGUCAACGUAGGCCCAGGCCAGCCGGAGUGCACGUCCGUCCACGAGCCCGGCGACAGCAAGCGCGUCCGCGCCGACGAGGACAAGGCCAGCAGGGUCUCCAAGGUCUACGUCCACGCCGACCCCUCCGACCUCAGCCUCGUGGUGAAGGAUGGGUACCAAUGGCGGAAGUACGGGCAGAAGGUGACCAAGGACAACCCGUGCCCGAGGGCCUACUUCCGGUGCUCGUCCGCGCCGUCGUGCCAGGUGAAGAAGAAGGUGCAGCGCAGCGCCGAGGACAAGACCGUGCUUGUGGCCACGUACGACGGCGACCACAACCACGCACCGCCGCCCAAGCAUCAAGGCUCUGGUGGCAGGAAGAGCGGCGACGCAGCCCCCGUCCGCGUGUCACCACCGGCGCCGGUGCUUGUCCAGCAGCAGCGGGAGCAGGAAGCUUCGACGGCGGAUCAGGUGGCCGACAGGAAGAAGCUUGUGGAGCAGAUGGCGGCGACGCUGACGAGGGACCCCGGGUUCAAGGCGGCACUCGUCUCCGCGCUUUCUGGUCGGAUCCCUGUUGCUUGAUCGGAAAUCUCCCAGCACAAGAGAGAGGAAAAGCACAUUUCAAGAGGGGGAAAAAUUGAAGAAAAACUGACACUGUAUAAAGUUAUAUAAAGCCCGAGUCAAUUAAAUUGGAUUGGAGAGGCAGAGGCUGCGUCAAUUAA